CUGCAAAUACUUCCAGAAACAAAUCAAAUGCAUUACACCAAUGGCUGUUAGAGUGACAACAAUUUGCUUUUCUCUUUUAGUUUCGAUUACCAUUCUUUCUAAUGUGAUCGAGAGCUACGAGUCUGGCAGAAGAUCAAACGUUACAAUUGCGACUAUUCAUGGACACUUUUAUGAUUGCGUAGACAUCUACAAGCAACCAACUCUUCUGCAUCCAACUUUGGACUCAAAAAGAAUUAAGAUGAUCAUAGUGAAGGAGCUUGAAAGACAAAAGAAAGGAAAAUCGGGCGGUUUCAAGGCAGAGGAAUAUUGGUUGAAUAAGGAAGGAUGUCCGAUUGGAACUGUGCCUAUACGCAGAAUGAAAAAGAAACAACUCCAAAAUGCAAGAGAUGCCUCCUUAAGCUUGUCCAAUGAAUACUCGGGAAACAAUUGGAUUGAUUUUGCAGGAAUUUACAUACAAGCGUCUCCACCAAUAGAAAGGUUUUUUGGGGUGUCAGCUUUUCUAUGUUUAUACAAUCCUCAAGUAAGAGGAACUGGUCAAUACAGUGCUGCAUCCAUGUCUCUUGAAACCGGGGCAGGACAAAAGUUCGAGCAUAUUCAAGUCGGGUGGAUUGUGCAUCCAAAAAUGAACGGUGACAACCGAACUCAUUUGUAUACCAAGUGGACAGCGGAUGGCUAUCACAAAACUGGCUGUUACAACACUCACUGUCCUGGAUUUAUUCAAUUAAGUAGCGUAAUACCUAUAGAUUAUGUUUUUCCAAGGAUCUCCGACAUACAAACUAAUUCCAAAGAAGAAGUACUUCUCAGUGUCUAUCAGACACAAUAUUUGGAUUAUCAUCUUGUAAUGCCGAUGUUGGAGGAGGAGAUAGGAAUGUGGCCAUAUGAAAUAUUCGACAGUUUGAGUGCAAAGGGAGCGGACACAGUACGAUACGGAGGGCAGGUGUACACACCAGCAGGUCAAGAUCUUAGCCCUGCCAUGGGAAAUGGUCAAUUUGAGGAAGGGCAUUGGCAGCUAACUUGUUAUAUGCGCAAAGUCUUGUAUGACAUAGAAGUAGAUGGCAACAGACAACAAGUUCCACCAGAUGAUUCCAAGGUUCAAACUCAAGAAUCAAGGUGUUUUUAUGAAGGAAAUCAACAUAAUGACAAUGAUGGCUACUGGGACUAUAACUUCUUAUUUGGAGGUGCAGGUGGAGGAGAACAUAGUUAAUUUUGUCAGUACUAGAAAAAGGGGCAAAAGGAUAAAAGAAAAACAUCAGUACCUAGCAAUGUCCUCUCUGUUGCA